UAAAUUUAACGAAAGUUAUAUCUGUCAUUUGUUAAAAUAAAUUAGGAUACAAAAGAUUUUCUUGCUGCGAAAAAAUUUCUACUGGACAUAGAAAAACUAAUUUUGCUACAUUAAUAAAUAUAUUUUGGGCAUAAAAAACAUUCAUAUAAUAGUGGAUUCUUUGGAUUAGUAUAUUUUCAGUUUGUUCUUAGUUUUAGUGAGUUCCCGACGUCUCUACUAUUAACCGUAUUGGAUUUUUUGGCAACUUACUUUCAUAUUUACAUAAUUGAACGAAGCGUACAGCUAUUGUAUGGCUUUUCGCUUAAUGGAUGUUUUGAUCCUAUAAUAAAAUAAAAUAGAAAUAAUAAUUUCAAAGUGUACUCGGACAAAUAGAAGAUGAGUGUUAUAAUUCGUUUGCAAAAUUUGCCAUGGUCGGCAAACGCAUUGGAUAUUCGGCAAUUUUUCAAAGGUCUGUCUAUACCGGAUGGAGGUGUUCACAUAGUCGGUGGUGAAAUGGGCGAUGCUUUUAUCGCAUUCAGCACCGACGAAGAUGCCCGUCAAGCGAUGAUGCACGAUCGAGAAAAAAUCAACGAGGUUCAGGUACGUUUGUUACUUUCUUCGCGUGCUGAAAUGCAAAAGGUCAUAGAAACCGCACGCCAACAAUCUCUGCAAGCACUCAAAAAUGCAGGGGCUUUACAAGCUAUAAAGCCCACUCUAGCCUCACCAUCCAUAACCACACCCACACCCCAACCACCAGUCAUUACCGCAAAUAGUCUACAUAAUAUUCUUUCGAGUGCCGCACCUUCUUUUUUGGCAUAUCAAAAACAGGCCGGUAUUACACUUAUCGAAACUCCGAAUGAAGCAAGCACCUCAGAUUCGACAACCGCUCAUGGUAGUAGUGUUGAAAAGAGUCGUGAUCGUCGUCGUUCUCCAUCACGCGAACGUCGCCGAUCACGUACACGUUCACGUGAUCGCAACGACCGAAAUGAUCGUAAUAGUUCACGUCGAGGUCGACGGGAAAGAAGUCGCUCUCGAUCGCGUGAUCGCGAUUGGAAGAGUAGACGAUCUGGUCGACGUUCAAGGAGUCGAGAGCGUGAUUACGAUAGAAACAGAGACCGCAGCGUAGAUCGUAGCCGAGCUUCUAGUCGAAGUAACGUGAGUAACAGAGAACGGGACAAUGGUCAGUCUAGUAAAUCUAGCAAGGACUUGCCGAGUAAUAAUAAAGGUAGCACAAAGACAACGGAUUCGAUAGAGAGCAAUAAUGCAAAGGUCGGUAGCAUCUCCUCUUGGGGUGCAACUGCUAUGAAUUCAUAUCAGACAAAUAAGAUAAUAACAGAUCACAUACCGACUACGACUGUAACUAGUCCGACACAAUUUUCUGUCGCCGGUAGUGGUACAAGUAAUAUACUGACUCCAUUCAAUAUGGGCAACACUAUACCGGGCUUACGCGGGCCUCAAUUGGCAAACUCUUAUACCACCACGACGGGUAAUAAAAGUCCGGAUUCUCAACGUGGCGUGAGUUCCUUAAACACGCCAGCCAGCAACACUAUACCGGGAUUCCAGAGCUACUCUUCUUCAGUCUCUACCACUAACAACUAUAGCAUAAAUCUAUUCAACGCUAGCUCAAAUAGUAGUGAGUCAGCUAAACCAUUUGCUUUGCAAAAUCCAUAUACAGCAGCAGUUCAACAAACCACUUUGAAUACAAACUCUAUGGACUCAACAAGUUCUGCAACGCGUAGCCCAACCCAGCAAACUAGCACCACAAUGUUUCCAGGUCUCAGCUUAAUGGAGAAGAAACCCGAUGUAUUGCCGCAGUCUAAUACAACAACAUCUGAUUUUGCGGCAGUAGCCCAAUUGACCCAAGAGCCCAUUGCAUUCGCCAACACGAACCCCUAUGCACAGAUGUAUCCUAAUCUGUUCGCACAAGCUGCAGCUGCAACUCUGACGAAACCAAGUAGCGUUCAGCAAAAGACGCGAGAGCCAGAAGUACAACGAUCGAAGGAAGCAUCUAAGGAGAGCUGUUGUAUCAAGAUAAGCAGCAUGUGCUCCAGUACGACAUACAGUGAUGUACGUAAGUUUUUCGCAGGCCUAUUCAUUCCACAUAACGGUAUUAAAAUGCUAAAUGACAAACAUGGUCUUCGUAUCGGAGUAGCUUAUAUACAAUUCUCUCGUGUCUCCAGCGUGCAUAAAGCAUUGAUGCGUAAUAAUUCUAUGCUUAAGGCGAAGCCGGUCAAGAUAGAGGUAGUCACUGAUGCGGAAUUUGAUGAAGUGGAGGAUAGUUAUCGACCUCAAGGGCGUUUUGACCGGGAUCGUGGUGAUCGUCACUAUCAAGACAGCCACAACGAUUACGAUCGCCAAGAUGAUGAUAAUGGUGGGGACUCGAAUUAUCGCAGUGAUCGCGAUUCAGAUAUAGAAACAAAAUCUGAACCAUUCACUGUGCUCUAUAUUGAAGACAUACCAUCUUCAGCAGCUGAACAUGACCUCAUGCGUAUGUUCUCAUCUUUUACUAUUUUCGAUAUACUUUUGACACCGAGUCGUGAAAAUAGACGAGAGUACAAAGGCCAUGUACUUUUCUCUCGAGCUGAAGAAGCUAAAGCGGCAUACGAAGAUAAAUCAAGACAUAUGAUUGGUUAUCGCAAAGUGCGUGUACGUCCAGCUACGGUAGAAGAAAUGGAAAGGGAAAAGGAAAAACUGCGGCUGGCGAAUGAACAAUUAAUAAAAGAAGAAGAAGCACUAGCUGAAGCCGAAAGGUUAAAAGAAUUAGAAAAUCAAGGAGAGGAUGAUAUGGAUGUGGCAGAUGAUACCAGCAGUCAAGCCUGUCCGGACACUAAUAUUGAAGCGAAUAUAGAUCAGGAGGAUAAUCAUAAUAGUUCUUCAGAUACAAAGCCACCUAAAAUACCCAGUCUCUUCGAUAUUCCAACAGCAAUACAUGGUGAUAUGCAAAGAAGUGGCAACAACAGUAAUAAUACUCCAAGUGACCCUCGUCUCCGUCGACAAAAGCCAAGUCGUUUUGAACCACUAAAUCCGGAGGACGAAAUGAAUCUAAACAGAAAGCUUGCCAAUAACGACAUGGGUAUGAAUGUGAACUCCAAUAUGGGUAUGAACUCAAUGGGGCUCAAUUCGAGCAUGGGUAUGAACGCCAUGGGCUCAAACUCUAAUAUGGGAAUGAACAUGGGCAUGAAUCUCAACAUGGGCAUGGGCAUGAACUCCAACAUGGGUAUGAAUAUGAACAAUAUGAACAUGAGCAAUAAUGGAAAUUUCAUGCCAUCAAUGAUGAAUAAUAAUAACAAUAGAAAUAUGAAUUUCAACGAUAUGCCCAUGAACAAUUCAAAUGGAAUGAAUAAUUUCAUAUUAAUGAAGAAUUGCGACUACAAUACCCGUAUGAAUGACAUUGCCGAACUUUUGCAGGGCGCAUUCUUACGUCUCAAACACAUCGAACCAUUACGUGGCGACCGAAAUAUGCCUACCGGUGAGUUCAUUGUUGAAUUCCUGGAUUCACGCGAUGCUGAAAAUGCCAUUCGCGAAUUUAAUAAUACCAAUUUUCGACAACGUAAACUACGUAUACGCUCGAUCAUGCCACAAGAGAUUGCUGAUCGAAUCGGCAAACCCUUCAUGAAUUUUUAUCCUGGUGGUGGUAACGGUACAGGUGGUGGUCCUUUCGAAAGGAAUCCAUUUAUGGGAAAUAACAAUGCAAUGAACCCAAAUGAUGGCCCAUCAAUGAUGAACUUCGGCAGUGGUUCCGCUGGACGUUACGGCAACGACAAUAAUGGUCGUGGUAGUGACAGCGGUAACGUUAAUAAUGGUGGUGGUGGUAGUGGUGGUGGUGGUGGUGGUGGUGGUGGAUUAAGACCAAAGAUGAGCAGAGGUGGUCGCAAUAACAGUGGUGGCGAUCGUCAAGAUAACUUGAGCAGCGGCAUGCGCAAUCGCAAUAGUCGCCACAAUAAUAGUAGCUCGAGUCAUGAUGGUUAUAAUUCAGAGCAGGAUAAUGAUGUGCAUAUUAUCGAUGAUAGCAGCAAUGAUGUAAACAGUAGUGGUGAUUGUGGACCCAAAGAUGUUGAUGGCGAUGAAGCUAGUAAUGGUGGCAUACCAGAAAAAUUUACUCGUCCCGGCUGUGUUGUGGCCAUGGAAAACGUGCCAUACAAGGCUGAAUUGGUUGAUAUUUUGAAAUUUUUCUCCGGCUUUGAUUUAACGCCAGAUGAUAUUAUAAGACGCUUCAAUGACGAUGGUACGCCUACAGGUGAUGCGCGUGUGGCAUUUGACACACCAUCAAUAGCGCGUUCCGCUUACAAUUCGCGACGAAGAAAACAGAUUUUCAAUCGUACUAUACGUUUGUCGUUGUUGUAGAAUAUUACAAAUUAAACACAUAUAUACCAUGAAAUUGUGGGCGGUUGUAAAUAUGGGGUAGACUAUAUUUAAAUAAAUUACAAACAUUUUUUUAACUGUAA